AUGUCGGACCGUGAUAGGGCCCAAUGGCACGAGAAUCCCCCAAGUUCCCCGUAUUCAAAGCCAUCAAUAGCCCACUGGGAAGAUGAUAUGGAACCCGAGAGCAAUUUCCAGCUUGAAGAAUCUCCAAAUGACGAAUUCAAUGGCGAUGGAGUUGGGACCACAGCUCCAGACACAGAGAUUAGUAUCAGUUGCAGCGGUGAAGGGGACCAUGGCCUCAAUUCAGAUGGAUCAGAUGUCGAAACUUUCCCUGAUUUUGUUGACGAUGAGAGCUUCCAAGCUGUGGAACAGAGCCAGCCAGAGUCCAAGGGCAGUGAGCCUUCAAAUUAA